AUGGCGGCCUUUUUCGAGCAGCUAUGGGAGUCCAUCUUCACGCCAGGCCCGACGCCCACGCUGCUGGUUGCCACCAACGCCUCGUUCGCCGCGCUGCAGGUGCUCCUCCUGGUCAUGCUGCUCGCUACGUACAGCAUACACUUUGUCAUCCUGUCGGUCCUCUGCGGAGGCCUCUGGUGGUCGAUCAACUGGUUUGCGACUGAGAUUCGGGCCGCGCAGGCAAAGGAGGAGGAGGCCAAGCGCAUCCGCGAGGCCAGACGAGGUGCAAAGGACAGGGCCGACGACGGCGACGGCGAGGCCAUGGACUCGGGCGACGACACCGAAGUCGACACUGAGGUGGAGCAGAAGCAGGCGCCUAGGUCCAUGCCGCCCCAGCCUCGAGCGGCGCGCCCCGAGACGCAGAGCACUGUCUUUGUCGAGAAGCCCGAAGGACGUGGCGUCCGCAGCACGCCACAGCCUUCUUCUGCGACUGCUGGCAGGCUUGCCGCCCCCGCCGACGAGACGGUCAAGAGACGGAAGGCCAUGGCAGAGUCGGUGGGCGACAUAUCGACGGACAGCGAGUGGGACAAGCUGUCGGAGGAUUCGGGCGACAGAUGA